AUGAGCGGUGACGUAGGAUUGGUAGGCUAUCUUGUCCAUAGAAUUGGUGCCAAGCUGCCUCAACGCGUAGGAGCGAGCGGCACACGGCCAGAUGACGACGACGUUGUGCAAACAACACAAGCAACACUCAUUAAGCUCAGCAGAACGAGAGCUAGUGUUGUGAUUGACUCUCUCCUUGACCUGCUGGAGGACCUCUCACGGCCCUUCGCAAACAUCUCAGCCCAUCCAAGCCACAUCCUCCAGUCCGAACUGUACGUCUUGAGUCUCGUAUCAGCAUGCUGCUCAGCCAACUGGUCAGCUAGAAAGAAUGAGGGGCUAUCGCCAGAAAAGCUGAGUGAGGAGCUCGUGACUCGCCUAUUUGAUGUAUUCAAAUCGGUUCUUGAGCCCAUACCAGACGAUUAUGUGCUUCCCGCACAAACGCUCCUCGACCAAACAUCUGUGGCCAACAUCACGAUUCCACGGUCUGGCAGAGGAUCGACUGCAGGCACAACCAUCGGUUUUACGGAUGGCCCAGACUCUUUGGACUCUCAGCUGGUUGAAAUUGACAGGCAUGUGAAAGUAAUCGUGGAGUAUAUGACUGUCUCAAGUUGGACAGUAACAUUUCGCUACAUUCGCAACGUCAUUCAAAGUGUACGUUCUGCAAUUGGAGACUCCCAUACAGAUAUGGCCAAAAGCACUCAGCAGCAUGAACGUGGCGCUUUGAUCGUUCUUAGGCUGCUGUCCUUCUGCUGGGUUGACGGAUCGAAGCUCGGGCUUCUCAUACAGGAGCUUUGCUCUAACUAUCUUCACUUCAGAGGGCCAUAUCAAAACACUGUGGCAGUGGCGAUACCUCUUUUAAUCACACGAUGGAUAGACAGAUACCCUGAUGAGUUCGUCAUGCUUCAUCGGCUUCACAAGAGGCUAGACGGUGGUGCAGAUACCUUGUUUGAUAUGACGCAAACCGCCACAGAAACAACCAGGCGCAAAGUCUAUCUAUAUCCUCUUCAAACGACCCUGCUGUUUCUGAUGCCUGAUGUUUUCGAAGUGGCCAGUAACUUACGGGAGUCCAAAGGCCACAGUGUCAUCAAGAAAGUAUCCUUUCUUGAUAGUCUGCGGAAGGCACUCAGGAAUGGAAAUGAACAGGCAGGCUACUGCCUUGUUUCCCUUCUUCGAGUUGCUCGUCACUUCGAUGUCGAGAGUGACUCGGCACUUGUCAGCUAUGCGAUGGACGUGCAAGAUGAGCAUGAUUACUGCGGCACUUCGUCCUCUGCUCCAGAUGGAUUCAAGCUUGCCAUGAUCCAGGCCUGCUGCUACUUUGCCCAGCUGCCUGAGCCAGAGAAGUAUGGAGAGCUAUUUGAUCAGUCCAUACCGUUGAUGAAAACACAGCUCGAGAAGGAAGAGCAUUGUCAUCAUGAUGAGAUACAUCGAGACAAGGAAAGGGGUAGAACGAACAUGAUUUGCAGUAUUUUGAAAUACUUGAGCAUAGAUCAAUCACCAAUUAUUGGGGAACUCUCGGGACCGACGUUGGAUUCCGUGUUUUUCAAGACGAUCCUGCUCUGCGCUGUAUCCGCUGAGCUCGCCGUUCGACAACAGGCUGCUGAAGUUAUCGAAAGGCUGCAUGCUGAGCUUCCGAUUCUCGUUGGCGAAUUCGACAGCAGAGUAGAGCCAGACAUGCUCGAACUGCGGAGGGGAGUUUGGAACCGCAGCUCGAACAUAAUUCUCCAUCUUAGCGAGCGGCUUGUAAAUGAAAAGGAUCAGCCUGUUCUCGCGGAGAUUCACAGCUAUUUGAAGGAUCGUAUGGUCCUCCUUCGGAGGCUGCCGGGGCUUUCACAUGUACCUGAUGGCAUCUCGAACUUAGUCGCCAGCACAUCGAAGCUGGAAACUGCACUGCUAGUAUCAUUGUGCUCCCCAGGCAUCGAAGACUGUGAGAUCGCCGCAUCCUGUCUCAACAUCUUCGUGGAAGAAUGUCGAUGGGUGAAUAAUCACUCCGAAUCCGCAAAAUACUGUUCAGCGAUCCUCCGGAAUGCCGACACAUUUCAGGAGAUAGCCUCGCCCACGUUCCGAGUGACUGGGCUUGUUGCCUUCCAGAAAAGGACAAGAGGUCUUCUUCGCCGGAUCAAAUAUCCCACCGCAGGCAUCAUCCAUGCAUGGGGGACAGCAUUUGAUACCUGGAUAUAUCUGGGUAGACAAGUAUCGGCGACGUCGGCCGAUGCCACAGAUGCCACCACGCUCUCACAAUGGCGAGACUUAGGCGGUUUUCUUGCCUCCAUGGGGGGCAUCUGCACAGCCCAACAGGCUCUCGCACAGGAAGAGCUCUCGCUGAGCAACUUGCGGUGGAUUGACGGUCAUUCUGCCGGCGAGGACCAGGAGACCCUGCUGGUGAGAUAUCUUCGGCUGGGCAUCCAGCUCAUGAGCUGCGCAAACGUCAAAGUAAGAGAAACCAUGCGAGAUAUAUUCGCCCAUGAAGUACCAUCCUGCCUGUAUCAACCUCUCUUUAAUUCUCUGGAAUCUGAGGUUGAGGUCUUCUUCACCGGCGCCUUUGCUCCUAACGCGGAACGAGCGCAGGACAGCGAUAUUGUCUUUGCCGAACAAGCUGUCUCCCUGCUGAAAGACAUGGUCGAGCGCCUAGAUACCCCCCAAGACCUUGCUGCUGCUUCGUCUGUGCACCUUGGCUCGCUCACUCUCAGUUUUGCCAAAUUUAUUGCCGACACCACCGACUCAUCGACAUCACUGCGCAUCAAAAUACGAAUCUGCCAGCUUUCUGAAGCAGUGAUGCGCAGGAAAGAGCACCUCAAUCUCCGAGAUGACGUCCUGAUACGCAACCAGCUACUGGAAUACAUCAUUGGAUGGAUCCGGACUCCCGGCGCUACGUUGGAGCCGAGCCGAGGAACGUCAAGACUGGAGGAGCUAGAGCGGAUGCAAAAAGAUCUUACCAGGGCAUGCUUAAAGGCACUCUCAGACCUCACAUUCAGAUUGCCACUGCAAACACAGGAUAUACAGUCGGACGCUGGCAUGAGCGCGAAGAAAUCAGAGCUCUUUCAGCGCUACUUUAAGCGCUUUCUCGAUCUUAUCAGUACUGGGGGACCAGAGGUUGUCUCUGAGCCCGCAGAUGGGCUUUCAGGCUCCGAGAUGGCCAUAACCAUUCUAUCAAAUCUUCUCAGUGCAAAUAUCGACGUCGGUUUAAAGCACUCACUUUCUCAUGGCUAUCACGACAGCGUUGAGGUCCGAACUGUAUUCGUCAAAGUAUUGUAUAACAUCCUGACGCAGGGCACCGAAUUCAGUAAUUUGUCAGAUUCCGCCGUCAGCGAGAGAUAUGAGGAGCUCCUUGGGCUUCUUACGAAAGAUCUAUCCUUGGCUGUGUCCAUGAGCUCCAUCUGUCCCGGCGCGGAGAUCGAUGAGCUCACCGUGUGUCUCUUGAUCGUCUUUGAACAAAGAGGUCGCACGUUUGAGCUCCUGGAAGCUCUCAUCAAAGAAGAAAUAGAACAAACUGAACAUGCCAACGAAAUUCUGAGGAGAAGCUGCGUAGCCACCAAGAUGUUAUCGUUGUAUGCCAAGUGGAAAGGCUUCAAAUAUCUGCAGGGGACGCUGCACAAGAUUCUAGACAGGCUCAUGAUGACCUCGCAGGAGCUUGACCUGGAGCUCGACCCAGCCAGGGUUUCUUCCGCAGAAGAGCUGAAAAAGAACGCCGCACAGCUCCAGAUUGUAGCCAAGGUGUUUAUGGACGACAUCUGCGGCUCGGCCCCGAGCAUUCCGCCUUCUUUUCGAAAGAUUUGCAGUAUCAUCCACGAUGCUGUUCUGCCACGGUUUCCAGAUGCCAAAUAUACAGCCGUAGGUGCGUUUAUCUUCCUGCGCUUCUUCUGUCCUGCGAUAGUGGCACCAGAAGCGGAGGGUCUUGUCGACGCGCCGCCACCGAAGGAGCUCCGUCGAGGGCUGCUGCUCAUUGCCAAGGUCAUCCAGAACCUUGCCAACAACGUUCUCUUUGGCACCAAAGAGCCGUACAUGUUCCCCUUGAACCGGUUCCUGGUGGAGAACAUCUCAGUCGUGACAAGUUUCCUUCGCACGAUCUCUGUACCCCCGGCCUCUGUAGAUAUUGCCGUCACCAAAGAAACGACCGAUUUCGGCUCCUGCGUGUCCUUCCACCGUUUUUUAUAUGACCACUGGGACCACCUGCGCCAGACUUUGGUUGCUAGGGAGCGUCGAGAGUAUCUCCGCCUCCAGGAUAGCUCGCCGCGCAGCCACUCUCCUGUCUUUGAGCCGUUGCGCAACCUCAUCACGAAUCUAGGCCCGCCUCCUCUGGCGAUAUCCUGGAACAGGCCGCAUAUUGCCCUGAACGGACCACCACUGUAUUCACGCUUCCAGAACUUCAUGCUACGUAAUGCCUUCCGCAGCACAGAGUCGUUUCUGACGUCGCGUACCAUCUUUGACGGCGGUGUUACGCAGGACGGCUUGUCGACGAUACUGAUAAUCCUUCGCUACAGUGAGACGGAGGGUAUCGAUCACGAGACACUGCUGCACUGCUUCCUGAAGAUUGCAAGCCGGCUAUGGCAUGAGCCCUUCAGCGUUCUCAUCGAUGCGACUUGCUAUAGUGGCAAGAAUGACCCCAAGGACGAUUUCUUCAAGAUGCUCGAUCUCCUCAUGCCCUGCGAGGUUUCGCAGAAUCUUACCCGCAUCUACAUCUACAACAUGAACAGCGCCUUCAAACGAUGCUUCCGGCGACUAUUGAGGAUCGUGACGAAGAAUGAAUGCAGCGCCUUCCACCCCAACAACGUUAAGUAUCUACUGCCCGGGAACAUGGACGAGAUGCGGAGCCAUUUCGUUCUCAGCACGCUCCAGGUUCCGAAAGAGCACUCCGCGAUCGUCUCAGACAUACGUUACUUUUAUAACAACGCCACACGUCUGUCUAAAUCAAAGGGCAAAGUGGAAGUUGGCAUCAAGGUUGGCAGCCACCACGUACAGGUGACGACCCUCAAGCACCAGGAAAUCUUCUCUAGCAUGCGGCUGAGCACAACAAUCAACGAUAUCUUCCGGCUCAGCGACAUUGACGAAGCGGCAACGGCGAUGCCGAGUGACGAUGGAUUUUCUUUCGGAUUGCGUGCCGACGGCGGCCGCAUCGUCAUGUGCUUCACGAGUCCUCAGAAGGCGAACAUCCUCCAGGCCAUCAGGAACGCCAAGGCCAAGUAUAGCAAAGACAACCGGAUGCACAAGCCUAUGGAGCGACUCCUCCGACCGCAAGAUGUCCCUGGUACGUUGUUGAACCUCGCUUUCAUGAAUAUGUCCAGCCUGGACCACCAGCUUCGGUUAGCUUCCUACAACCUGCUCGGCGCCCUAUGCAUCACAUUCAAGUUCCGCACUGCCACGCGGCUUGUCUGCUCACGAGACCUUUCGAUUCCCAUCGACCCCACACGCUUCAUUGUCAACAUUAGCCGAGAGCUUGCCGCUUCAGAGCCCCAGCUCACGUGUGACUUCUUGUCGGAGUUCUUUGCCAGCUGGGAGACGUUCACGGAGGAACAGAAACCACUGAGCCUGGCGUACAUGGCGCCUUGGCUGUCGGGCUUGCGGAGAGAUGUGCUGACGGGCGAAAUGGACGGCGAGAAAGGCAAGGAGAAGGUGGCCACCAUUUUUCGCAAAUUCAUUGACAUGAUCGCGCUGGACCAAUCUCUGAGCUAUGCGCUGGACCAGUUUGUGUGGCCGUCACUCGGCCAGGACGAGGUGCUGCUCGACAUCUUCCUCGAGGAAGUCAUGAAGAUGGCCAUCGGCUUCGGCACGCAGCAGGACAUUGUUGAAACAGUGGCGUCUACGGUGGCCAAUAUCGGUACGGUGACACUACGUGCGCGAUUCUUGUCAAGGCUGCGAAAGGCGCUAAACCGUUCUUCGCUGCGGCCGACGAAGAACCUGCCUGACAACGCGGUCUGGCCCGAGAUAUGCAUCAUGCUGCAGAUAUGCACCUCACUGUCCUUCAGCAGUGGCGUGCAGUCCCAGCUCUUCUUGCCCGAGAUAUUUCAUAUCGUCACAAUGUUGGUCAAUACCGGCAGCGCCAACGUAAGGGUGCAAGUGCACAGGCUGCUUACCAACACCGUCCACGCCGUCUGCACGUCUUUUAUCCUGGAUGAGUCCAAGUUUACCAAGCUUCGCGCGUCCUUAGAUGUACUUUCGGAACCCCGCAGCGGCAUCUUCUCCUCGCCACCUUCUGCCAGGAGGGAAGCGGCGUCGGACUCUCUCGCCGGAGACGAAGGGUCGCCGCUGCCGGCCAUGGAGAAUCUUGUGGCCAUCCUGUUCGACAUAUGCACCGUGGCAGCGCCAUCCGUUGACACGGCCAACGCCUGGAGGUCACGCUGGAUGAGCUUGGUGGCAAGCACCGCGUUUCAGAACAAUCCGGCUGUGCAGCCUCGCGCCUUUGCCGUCAUGGGCUACCUGGCCAAGGAGGAGGUGGACGAUGACCUACUAUACCAGGUCCUGGUCGCGCUGCGCAACAGCGUUAGCCAAUUUGGCGAGGACGGGCAUAGCGAGAUGCUCACAUCCAUCAUCACCUGCCUGUCUCGGAUGAUGGCCAACCUCCCGUCCGCGUCUCGUUACGGACUGCAGCUGUUCUGGCUGGCCAUGUCCCUCAUCCGGCUCGUGCCAGGCAACCUCUUCAACUGCACCGCGCAGUUCCUAGAGGCGCUGUUGAUCAACAUCGGCAACAUCGGCGGGGUGCGAGGCGAUAAGGUGAUCCCGAUGCUGCUGCACAGCCGCAGCCAGCUGGACGAGGCCGUGGAGCCACUGGACGAGGCCUACGGCAUCCAUUUCGAUGAAGACAACUUCCACUUUGCCGUGUGUGCCUGCCUGGUCCGCGGCCUGACGGACCACACGACCCGGUUGGCGGCCGUGCGGGUGCUCUGGUCAUUCCUAGAGAUGACGGCACCGGCGUCGCAGCUGUCGGCGAAGCUCGUCCACACCAUGGUCGACUCGCCUUAUCUUGCGCUCAUGCUCGCCCGCUGCGUAGACCAGGACAAUUUCCGCGACAACAUGUGGCUGGCGGGCAUUAACCCAGAGGGCAUCAGCGGCAUGCUGGAAGGCAGCCGGCGCCGCCACGCUGACGUCAUGGAGGAUAGAGACUUGCUCCUCAUGUCCGCGAUUGAGCUGGUGGAUUUCCAGUACCUGGAGGAUACCGUCCAGGCGAGGACCUUGUUGUGGCUCAAUGAGCUGGCGCUGUCGAGACGAACCGUCUUUGCCUAUCUGUGUGGUGCGAUGCCGUCUAUUCUCAACGAUGUGCUCAUGCACGGACAGGACUCCGCCGCCCUCGAGGCAGCGCACACACUUGUGCGAACGCUCACGUCAGAGAGGGAAUACGCCAACGCUACGGGGUCCAUGGAGUCGCUGGAGGAGGCGCUGGAGGAAAUGGGCUUUCGCGGCUUGUGGAAAGCCUCGUUCCAGGAGAUGACGGAAGAAAACAGGGCUGAGUGCUUCGAACUGACGGAGAAGCUGAUCGAGCUCAUUGUGAUUUAA